UGAUAUUAAUAAUGAAUUUAUUUUUAACUAAAUUUUAAUAAUAAUGUGAAUAAAAUUCAUAAUAAAAAAAUUAAAUAUCCAGUGUAGAAGAAGUCCGUGAUAUAUAUAGAGAGAAGAGAAGUACUAUAGAAGAAGCUAUUGAUUAUUAAUAAUGAAAGUGCAGCCUCAAAUUUUAUAUUUAACUAUACAUUUUCAAUUAACUGUACAACAAAGAUCAAUUAAAUCUUGGAAUUUUAUAACUUUAGAGUUUAUAAAUUAUUGUUAUCUUUAACUAACUACCCGAGACCUGUCUGUAAUAACCAUAAAAGUUCCACUCUUUAACUUAGCCCACGAUUCUGUGUUUAUUUUUUCAAUUAUGUCUAAUAUUUUAGUGUUAAUUUUUUCAAUUAUGUCAAUUGUUUUAGUGUUAGUUUUUUCUACCUUGUUAGGGUUGUAAAAGACCUAGGAUUUAAAUAUAUUAAGAUUCUUGUUGUAGUUAACAUUGAUAUAAGCCGUGGCAAUAAAAAUAUAAUACUUUGAAAAAAAUAUCCCAACAAACAAUACCACCAAUUCCAUGUGGACAACUUUACACAUAUUCAUCUCUCUAGACAUUGACUUAUUCUGAAGCAGAAAACCAUCUUUUCACUGGAAUUGGUGAGUACUCUUGCUUUGACUCCAAUGUUGAUUAUGUGCAAGUACUAUCUUUUGCAUGAGUAUAACUUCUUGAAUAACUUGUCUUUUUUUUUAGGUGCUUCAAUCUAAAUCUGCACAACCUUCCAUUUCCAUAGUUGAAACUUAAAGUUUUUCAAUGGAAAAUUGUUCACAAAACUCAAAAUGGAAGUAUCAUGUUUUCUUGAGUUUUAGGGGAGAAGACACGCGCUUAGGCUUCACCGAUCACCUAUAUGCAGCUUUGGUGCGCAAGAGUAUAAUAACUUUUAGAGAUGAUGAAGAACUUGCAAGAGGUGAAGUAAUCUCACAAAAGCUACUCCAUGCCAUUGAGGAAUCACUCUCAGCAGUUGUUAUUAUCUCCAAAAACUAUGCUAACUCAGCUUGGUGUUUGGAUGAGUUAGUCAAGAUUCUCGAAUCCAAACGUUUGUCAGGACAACAAGUGUUCCCAAUCUUCUAUGGUGUUGAUCCCUCCCAUGUAAGGAAUCAAAGGGGAAGUUUUGCUGAGGCUUUUAGGAAACAUGAAGCAAAAUUUGCUGAAAGCAAAGAGAAGGUGCAAAAGUGGAGAGAUGCAUUGACAGAGGUCGCCAACUUGUCAGGCUGGGAUUCUAAGGAUCAACAUGAAACAAAACUUAUUGAAGAAGUUGUUGCACAAGUAUGGAAAAAACUGGAACUCAAAUUUCCAUCCUAUAACGAUGGACUGGUCGCGAUUGAUACAAGAUUGGAAGAAUUAUAUUCAACUCUGAAGAUAGGUUUCGCGGAAGUUCGUUUCAUAGGGAUAUGGGGUAUGGGUGGGAUUGGCAAAACGACUCUUGCUACAGCUCUCUUCAAAAAUAUCAAAAGUCAGUUUGAUGUAAGUUGCUUCAUCGCUAAUGUCAGGGAGGUCUCUGGUGAAAGAAACCAAGGUAUGCUACAGUUACAAAAUAAAAUUCUUUCUCAUCUGAACAUAAAAGGAAUGGUAAUUGAAACAUUAAGCGAAGGAAAGGACAGCUUAAGAAACCUUUUAUUCAACAAAAAGGUUCUUAUUGUCCUUGAUGAUGUAAGUUCUAAAAGCCAACUUGAGAAUUUGGCUGGAAGCCGUGCAUGGUUUGGUCGAGGAAGUAGAAUUUUAGUUACGACUAGGGAUAAGCACCUCUUGAUAUCGCAUGCUGUAUUGUUUGAAAUGUAUGAGAGUAAAAUCUUAAAUAAAAGUGAAUCCCUUCAACUUUUUUGUGAAAAAGCUUUUAAAAAGGACAAACUGGAAGAAGAUUAUUUUGAGUUAUCUAAAAGUGUGGUGCAAUAUGCUGGAGGCCUUCCUUUGGCUCUUGAAGUGUUAGGUUCUUUUCUUUGCGGAAGAAGGAUAUCUGAUUGGGAAGAUGCUUGGAUCAAAAUUAAACAAGUUCCACAUGAUGAUAUCCUAAACAAACUUCAAAUAAGUUAUGACAUGUUAGAAGAUGAACACAAGACUAUAUUUCUAGAUAUUGCAUGCUUUUUUAAGGGAUGGUAUAAACAUAAAGUGAUACAGAUAUUAGAAAAUUGUGGCUUUCAUCCAACACUUGGAAUAAAUGUUCUUAUAGAAAAAUCACUACUAACUUUCGAUGGAAGAGUUAUUGGGAUGCAUGAUAUGCUAGAAGAAAUGGGUAAAACCAUAGUUUUUCUAGAAUCUCCUAAUGAUUCCGGAAAACGGAGUAGAUUGUGGUCUCUAGAGGAUAUUGAUGAAGUACUAAGAAAAAAUAAGGGAACUGAACUUGUUCAAGGUAUUGUUUUAAAGUCAUCACCAUCUAUGUCAUUUGAAGCGAGUUGGAAUCCCAAGGCCUUCUCAAAGAUGUCUAAUCUUAGGUUACUCAUUAUAUUAUGUGAUUUGCAUCUUUCACUUGGUCUGAAAUGUCUUUCCAGCUCACUAAAAGUGCUUAUAUGGUGGCGAUAUCCAAUGAAUACUCUUCCACUUGGAGUUCAAAUGGAUAAGCUUGUUCACUUACAAAUGGCCAAUAGUAAAGUCAAACAGCUGUGGAAUGGAACUCAGUAUUUUGGAAAGCUGAAAGUAAUUGAUUUGAGCAACUCCAAAAAUCUACGUCAAACUCCAAAUGUCUCUAGAGUUCCAUACCUUGAAGAGCUUCAUCUUAAUGAUUGUACAGACCUUGCUGAAGUUCACCAAUCUGUUACAGAACACAAAAAGCUCGAGAUAUUGAGCUUGAUAGGAUGUGCAAAUCUGAAAACCUUUUCAAGUAUAAUGGAAAUGGAUUCCUUGAAAAUGCUCAUGCUAUCUGAUUGCUCAAACAUUUCAAGACUUCCUGAUUUUGGGGAAAAUAUGAUAAGCAUGUCAGUGCUUAAUUUAAUGCAUUGCAAAAAAAUUGUGUGCCUUCCAAACAGCAUUAGUAACCUGAAGUCUCUCAAAAUUCUCAAUAUAUCAGGAUGCUCAAAAAUUUGUAGCCUGCCAGACGGUAUAAAGCAAAACACGGCUUUGGAGGAUCUUGACUUGAGUAGAACUGCUAUUGGAGAAAUGGAUCCCUCCCUACUUCAAUUAGGGAAUCUCAAAAUAUUAUCUUUAAGUGGAUGUGGCUUGCCAGCUUCCGACUCUAGACGGGACGUGAGUCGGCCAUAUAGGGAUCAGUGGGAUCAAUUCAGGUAUAUCUCAGCUGACACAGGCUUAAUAUUGCCUUCUACUUUCUCAGGUCUUUCCGCAUUAACUGUUUUGGAUUUGAGCUAUUGUAAUCUCACUGAUGAUUCAAUUCCCCAUGACGUUGAUGGUUUAUCAUCAUUGGAGAGACUAAUUCUAUCUGGGAAUAAAUUUCUGCGCCUACCCCAUUGCUACUUUUUUAAUCUUUCAAAGCUUCGCUAUCUUGAACUGGAAGACUGUCCUCAGCUUCGAUAUGAACCAUUGCUUCCACCAUAUUUUUCUAAUCUUUCAGAUCAUCACUCUCUUGAAAUGGAAGACUAUCCUUAUCUUCAUUCUAUGGGAUGGCUUCCACCACAUGUAUGCUUUUACUCAAUAGAUACAGAUAGAAAGGAAUCUAAAUUAUUAGAUCCUAAAAAGAUAUGGAAGCUGUUUGAAUCAAUCAACAAAGAACUCUUUCUCUCACCCGUGUCGUUGAUAAAUGAUUACCCUUAUCCUGUGUACACGGAAAUCCCUUCGAGAUUUGAUAAUCAUAAUUUUUUACCCUUGAACUCAUCAUAUGUGUCAGAAGCUGACUCAAUUGCAUCAAUAACAGUAAAGAUCCCUACUGAUUAUUUUCCAAGUAGUAGGUGGGCAGUAGCUGUAUUUGUGGCCUUGGAGGAAAUUGAUGAAGGCUUUCAGGCCCGAAAAAAGCUGCUUCACAUUACCAAACCAGAUUUGGGUUAUUUAAUCCUUUUGAUAAUGGUGUUUUUGCUUUUAAUCCGUGUAUGGUUUGGUGUUCCAAUAAAAACCACUACCAAAAUCAUGCGCACGCGUUGGAACUUUGAUACUUUAGAGCCUGAAGAUGGCUCAUCCUUAUCUCUCUUCUCUAGUUCAACAGCAAACAAUAAACUGUACCUGUUCACAAUGGUAAGGAGUGGUGAUUUUAUAUACAUUCGGCGACACAUAAGAGGGGAGGGAAAGUCCAAUUGCAGAUCCCUUAGCAAGCAUCGGAAGCCAGAGUUCAGGGAAAACAGUUUGUUGCGUUUUGAAGUGCAAGUGGAAGGGUGCAAGAUAAGGAAGUGUGGAGGGCGUGUGUUGGACAAGGCAGAUUAUCUUGAAGACUCUAAAGAGGUGAACAGCAGUGAACUUUCUAUGGUACCUCCAAUUUCCGAGCAUGUCAGUGGUAUGUGCAAACCAACUGUGGAUGAAUUGAAGGGAGAGAAUGCUACAGCCUUUGAUGUGCAGAACACAGAAAAAUCCAUUGAAAAUUUCUCUUUGGGAAAAAUGUUUCAGAAUAUUAGACAAAGACUAGGUCUAAGCAUGCUUAUUUUAAUAAUGUCAAUGAUGGUAGCUGCUACACUAUUCCCUCUGCCUGUGCAAGGAUUCGACUCUAAAAAGCACACCACAACAAUUGAAGUCCAGAAUAAACCAUUUAAAUCUCAUCGGAUUUCCCGUAAAACUGUAUUGAAGGUCAAUACACCACAAUUACAAAGCAGUCAUAGAUUGAAUGUGAGCCAACGGUUGUCAUUUCCAUUAUACCAGCUUCCAACGAGGACACAUUUCUCUCAGACUCACUUUUGUUCUUACUUAACUAGAUGUCUUUCAAUGGAAGAUUAUUCACAAAACUCAAAAUGGAAGUAUCAUGUUUUCUUGAGUUUUAGGGGAGAAGACACACGCUUAGGCUUCACCGAUCACCUAUAUGCAGCUUUGGUGCGCAAGAGUAUAAUAACUUUCAGAGAUGAUGAAGAACUUGCAAGAGGUGAAGUAAUCUCACAAAAGCUACUCCAUGCCAUUGAAGAAUCUCUCUCAGCAGUUGUCAUAAUCUCCAAAAACUAUGCUAAUUCAGCUUGGUGUUUGGAUGAGUUAGUCAAGAUUCUCGAAUCUAAACGGUUGUCAGGACAACAAGUGUUCCCUAUUUUUUAUGGUGUGGAUCCCUCUGAUGUAAGGAAUCAAAGGGGAAGUUUUGAUGAGGCUUUUAGGAAACAUGAAGAAAAAUUUGCCGAAACCAAAGAGAAGGUGCAACAGUGGAGAGAUGCAUUGAGAGAGGUCGCCAACUUGUCAGGCUGGGACUCUAAGGAUCAACAUGAAACAAAACUCAUCGAAGAAGUUGUUGCACAAGUAUGGAAAAAACUGGAACUCAAAUUCCCAUCCUAUAACGAUGGACUGGUUGCAAUUGAUGCAAGAUUGGAUGAAUUAUAUUCAACUCUGAAGAUAGGAUCGGAGGAUGUUCGUUUCAUAGGGAUAUGGGGCAUGGGUGGGAUAGGCAAAACGACUCUUACUACAGCUCUUUACAAAAAAAUCAAAAGCCAGUUUGAUGUAAGUUGCUUCGUUGCUAAUGUUAGGGAGGUCUCAGGGGAAAGAAACGAAGGUUUGCUACAGUUACAAAAUAAAAUUCUUUCUCAUCUGAACAUAAAAGGAAUGGUAAUUGAAACAUUAAGCCAAGGAAAGGACAGCUUAAGAAACCUUUUAUCCAGCAAAAAGGUUCUUAUUGUCCUUGAUGAUGUAAGUUCUAAAAGCCAACUUGAGAAUUUGGCUGGAAGCCAAGAAUGGUUUGGUCGAGGGAGUAGAAUUAUAGUUACAACUAGGGAUAAGCACCUCUUGAUAUCGCAUGUUGUAUUGUUUGAAAUGUAUGAGAGUAAAAUCUUAAAUGAAAGUGAAUCCCUUCAACUUUUUUGUGAAAAAGCAUUUAAAGAAGAUGCACCUAAAGAGGGUUAUAUGGAGUUGUCUAAAAGUGUUGUCGAAUAUGCUCGGGGCCUUCCUUUGGCUCUUGAAGUGUUAGGUUCUUUUCUUUGUGGAAGAAGUAUAUCUGAUUGGAAAGAUGCUUUAAUCAAGAUUAAACAAGUUCCACAUGAUGAUAUCCUAAACAAACUUAGAAUAAGCUAUGACAUGUUAGAAGAUGAACACAAGACCAUAUUUCUAGAUAUUGCCUGCUUUUUUAAGGGAUGGUACAAACAUAAAGUGAUACAAAUAUUAGAAAAUUGUGGCCUUCACCCAGCCAUUGGCAUAAAUGUUCUCAUAGAAAAAUCAUUAGUAACUUUUGAUGGAAGAGUUAUCUGGAUGCAUGAUAUGCUUGAAGAAAUGGGUAAAACCAUAGUUUUUCAAGAAUCCCCUAAUGAUCCAGGAAGACGAAGUAGACUGUGGUCUCUAGAGGAUAUUGAUCAAGUGCUGAGAAAAAAUAAGGGAACUGAAAUUGUGCAAGGUAUAGUUUUGAGACCAUCGCCAUCUACGCUGUAUAAAGUACGUUGGGACCCUGAGGCAUUCUCAAAGAUGGGUAAUCUUAGGUUACUCGUUAUAUUAUGUGAGCUGCAUCCUUCCCUUGGUCUGAAAUGUCUUUCUAGCUCGCUAAAAGUGCUUAUAUGGUGGGGAUAUCCAUUGGAUGCUCUUCCACUUGGAGUUCAACUAGAUGAGCUUGUACAUUUGCAAAUGAUCAACAGCAAAGUUAAACAUUUGUGGAGUGAAAAAGAGUAUUUCGGAAAGCUGAAAGUAAUAGAUUUGAGUAACUCCAAAGAUUUACGUCAAACUCCAAAUAUCUCUAGAAUUCCAAAUCUUGAAGAGUUGUAUCUGAAUGAUUGUCCAAAACUUGUUGAAGUACACCAAUCUAUCAGCCGACACAAAAAACUCAUGAUAUUGAGCUUGAUGGGAUGUGUAGAUCUGAAAACCUUUCCAAAUAAAUUGGAAAUGUUUUCGUUGAAAAUGCUAUUUCUCUCUGACUGCUCAAGAAUUCAAAGACUUCCUGAAUUUGGAAAAAAUAUGACGUGCAUCACGGAACUUAUCUUAACAAAUUGCAAGAAUCUUCUAUGCCUUCCAAACAGCAUCAGUAACCUGAAAACUCUCAGAAUUCUCGACAUAUCAAGAUGUUCAAAAAUUCAUACCCUGCCAGAUGGUAUAAAUCAAAACAAGGCUUUGGUGGACAUUGACUUGAGUAGAACUGCUAUUAGAGAAUUGGAUCCAUCCCUACUUCAGUUAGAAAAUAUCAAAAGAUUAUCUUUAAGUAGAUGUAGCGGAUCAGCAUCCAAUUCCAGCUGGGAGUUUCAGCUUCCUUUUGGUAAGAAGUUCAGUUUUUCCCCAGCUCACACAAGAGGCUUAACAUUGCCCCAUUUUGUAUCAGGCCUUUCCUCAUUAACUGUAUUGGAUUUAAGCUAUUGUAAUCUUACCGAUGAUUCAAUUCCUCAUGAUAUCGAUUGCUUAUCAUCAUUGGAGAAUCUGAUUCUAAGUGGGAACAAUUUUGUUCGCCUACCUACUCACUACCUUGCUAAUCUUUCAAAGCUUCGUUAUCUUGAAUUGGAAGAUUGCCCGCAGCUCCAAUCUUUACCAGUGCUUCCACCUCAUGUACGCUUGUAUGGAACAGAUUCUGAUGUAAGGGAAGCUGGUGCAUUAGAUCCACAAAAGAUAUGGAAGCUGUUUGAAUCAAGUGACAAAGAACUCUUACAGUCAUAUGUGCCUCAAAUGUUUGACUUCUUCAAUCCUAUGUACUUCACAAUCCCACCGAGAUUUGAUAAUCAGAAUUUUUUUCCAUUGAGCUCGUCAUAUGUGUCAAAACACGAUUCAUUUGCAUCAGUAACAGUGGAUAUCCCUGAUGAUUGUCUUUCAAGUGACUGGUGGGGGGUGGCUGUACUUGUGGCCUUAGAAGCUGAUUCAGAGGAAGGCGCUAAAAGUUCUUUUAUGAGAUCUAUGGGCCUGCGUUGGAAAUUUGAUACUCUAGGACCUGAAGACAGCCCUUCCUUAUCACUGUCUGCAGGUUCAACAGCAUACAGUGAUCUUUACCUCGUCACUAUGGUGGUGAGUGGUGAUUUUAUAUACAUACGGAGACACCGAAGGGAAGACCGAGGAAGUUUCAUGAACGAAGAGUUUAGCAAACAUAGAAAGCCAGAGUUCAGGGAAAACAGUUCGUUGCGCUUCGAAGUGGAAGUAGGAGGAUGGAAGAUAAGGAAGUGUAGGUGGCAUAUGUUGUGCAAGGAAGAUUAUCUUGAAGACUUACAAAUGCUAAACAGCGGUGGACUUGUUGAAGGACCUUCAGAUUCCGGGCAUUCAGCUGGUAAGAACAAAUCAUAUGUGGAAGAAUUCAAGGGGAAGGAUACUACUGUUUUGGAUGUGAAGAACAUAGAAAGGUCCAAUGAGAACUUCUCUUUGGGGAAAAUGUUUCACACCAUUAAACAAGGACUUGGUUUAGGUGUUCUAGCUUUGAUAUCAUUGAUGGUUGGGGCUACAAUAUUCUGUUCGCCUAUGCAUGGUUUGCGCUUCAAAAAGUCCACCACAACAAUCGAGACCAUAUCUAAUAAAUUAUUAAAACCACAUUGGACUACCUUCAAUGAUAUCGUACUUAAGGUCAAUGCACCGCAAUUUCAGCGUGGUCCUCGUAACAGAAAUGUGAGUCAACGGUUGUCAUUUCAACUGUACCGGCCACCAAGGAGGUUGAGUUUCUGUAAGAGCCAAUUUUGUUGUAACUUCACUCGAUGAAAAACAUUUUUCUUUUUGACAAACUUGUUCUUUUGUGUAUCUCAAAUAUUUCAUUUGUCUAAUUCUGAUUUAGAUAUGUAAUAAACCUCAUAUUAUAAUCUUUUUAAUAGAAACUUCACAGUAGUUAGAACUACACCACUUUUAGAAAUGGUACAACAUAAUGAAAAAUUCAGAACAAUACAAAUAUAUUGAUGUUGAUGUGAAUAAUAUGUUAUGAACAAUGGAUAAAGAUGGAAUGAAUGUCAUCAUUUUCUGUCAUUUUUUAGAACAUUCAAACAAUAGAAUCUUUUAUCAUUUUACGCCAUGCAUGCAUGUUUGUAACUAGGGGUGGAAAUAGGCUGGGCCGAGCUAGGCUUUGUCAAGCCUAAGUUUGGCCUGUCAAAAAAAGCAAAAGCCUAAGCCUCGCAUGUAGCCUUUAUAUAGGAUCAUAUUACUAACUAGCUAACUUCUAGUUAGUAAUCAAAUAUAAAGUUAGCAGUAACCGCAUACUGAACUAUCAGAAACCACACGUUGAAUUAGCAGUAACCACAUGCUGAACUAUAACCACAUAUUAAACUAUCAGUAACCACAUGCUAAACUAUCAGU